AGAUGUCGCAUAUUGACGAUGAGCAUGACAAAUUUGAAAGGGUGCAACUUAGAGAGGAUGGACCUCACCAUGGAAGUGGGGGCGACGAUAUUGGGUGGGAAAGAAAAUACAAAAAAAAAAAAAACAAAGAAAACAAAGACAUCUUUUGGAAAAUAAAAAAGGGAUUUUUUUUCGAAAAUCUCCCAAAUUUAAAUGCAUUACGACUAACAAAAAAAAUAAAAGAAACUAACUCCUUUCCCCACCAUUCAACAGAGGAGCUAUAAAUAGUCAUCGCCACCUCUGUCUCUCAAGGAUAGCAUUUUUGAACCAAAUCUCCAACCUCCCCUAUCGCCUCCUCCCUCUCUCUAAAGCGCUUCAUCGUUUCCCCUCUCGCCUCCUCUCCGACAGGAGAUGGGCGACUUCGACCGGAGGUACCGGAACGAGCUCCGGUAUUCCGACGCCGACUCCGACGGCGGCCGACGUCCCUACGACGGCGGCUACCGCAACGAGUUCCCGGCCUACGGCGCCGGCUCUGGCGCUGACGACCGCAGUCUGGAGAGAGCGAAGGGUAACGUACCCUCAUCUCGGCGCCGGUCCCCCGAUCCGCCUUUCGCCCCGCCCCGGCGCGGCGUCUCGUCGUCGUCGAGGUCGAGCGCGUGGUGCUUCGGCGAUCCGGAGAUGAAGCGGCGACGGAGGGUGGCAAGGUACAAGGCGUACGCGGUGGAGGGCAAGGUGAAGUCGUCGAUCCGCAAGGGGUUCCGGUGGAUCAAGAUCAAGUGCUCGGAGCUCAUCCACGGGUGGUGAGAGAGGCGGCGGGGGAGGGAAUGGCGCCUGUGGAAGUAUAUCAAAGGCCAAGAAACCAGUUCGAUGCAGUUCCUUCACUGACAUGAAGUCAAACAGGAUAAAUAUGAAAUCACUACAUAGCAGCUGGUGAUUGCAACAUCAAGCACAAGUUUCUUGUCAAUGUUUGUCUACUGAUAACCAACUUUGGUUGCUUGUAGCCUCACAGUCAAUCUUCACUGCAUAAUGAAGUUAUUGAAAACACACUCAGCUGCAUUCCCCAGUGUGCCAUAAAUUUUGCAAUUGAAACCCUAACAAUUGUUGCACACAUCCCUGAAAUGACCUGUGUCUUGUGGCUUGUUUGAUGUCUUUAAUCUGGUCCUGUCCUGGAAGUAGACU